AUGGAUAAGGCAAAGACGCUGGAAGUGCUGCGAGGCAUGAAGUUCAUGCAGCGCAAGGAGGAGGCGAAGCGGCGCGCCGCCUUUGAGGUCGCCCAGCGGGACGAAAUUGAGCGGCAGCUGCUGCACCCCGGCACCGGCAGCAGCGGCGCGAGCGGGGGCGUCAGUGACGGUGGCUCCUCUGCGCUCAGAGAUCGUGGCGGUGGCGGACCAGUCAGGGCGACGGUCUUGUACGACGAUUCCUUCCCCACACACGCGUAUAGCCUGUCGCGGCGCAGCUUUACUGAGACGCUCGGCGGUGGUGGUGCGAUCCCGGUCGCCGCGGGUCUCGGCGACACGGACGCACAUCUGGAAGGUAGCGCCGUGGAAUCGAGAGUUUCGCUGAAGGACGUCGGCGAGGCGCAAGCGUCAGCGGACGCCGCUCUGGACGAUAGUGAUGUCGCCAGUGACGAGGAAGUGGCAGACUUGUGGGGCGGUGAGGACGCCGAAGGUGAGUUGAAUGACCCGACGGCGGCCUCUGACAGACGAAAUCAGGGUGUUAAGAGGACUCGCGACCGCCGAGGCGACCGGAACCAGCACGCCUGUAGCGAUGGCAGGUUCAUAGUGAAGCCGUCUCUGCGCGCCCCGAAGCUGCCGCGGCGCCUGCAGGAGACCGUCGCGGAGCAGAAGCGGCAGCGCGCAGAAGAGGAGGGCGACAUGAACAUGUAA